UUCGCAGAUGCCCUGAUCCUGUUGCUCGUAGUUACUAUUUAUGAUGUUGCUGUUCCUUUGUUCUCCAUACGCAUAUGGUACUAACCGCCAGGCAAGGCACAACAAUUCGUAUACGCGCAGACCAGUGGCGGCUUAUGGCCAUGAGCUCUUCGAGCAUCUCGUAUCAGCUCCUACCUUCACAAAGUUGAAGCCGCUACGAGUACAUCGAGCGAGCACAGACACCAUAACUAUGGAGGCCGCAAACCAAGGACUGGACUUGGAGAGGGAGCUGACAUGUUCGAUCUGCACCGAGGUCCUCUACCAACCCCUCACCCUCCUCGAUUGCCUCCAUACCUUCUGCGGCGCGUGCCUUAAGGAAUGGUUCGCCUUCCAGCUCAACUCGGCGCGUGCCUCCGGCGCCUCUUCCGCGCGCAGCAGCAACCCCGUCACUUGCCCGUCAUGUCGUGCCGUUGUGCGCGCAACGAAGAACAAUGCGACAGUCACGACGCUCCUCGACAUGUUCCUCGCCGCGAACCCGGACAAAGGCAGGACGGCAGAGGAGAAGGAGGAUGUAAAGAAGAAAUACAGCCCGGGCGACGAUGUUAUUCCGAAAACAGAGGAGCGGGAGAAGACGCUGAGGGAACGAAUGGCGGAGGAUGACGAUGGGAGGCUGAUACAGCAGGUUCAAAUGGCUAGUUUGAGGGAGGUUGGGGUCGAGCUGCCAGAAGAAAGGAGGGAGAGGAGGAGGAGAAGAGAAGAAAGGGCGAGGGCCACAGGGCGCACAUCUAGCCGGACUGCUAGCAGAGAGGCAAACAGUGACCGCGCGGGGUCAGGGCCGGACAGAGAGCGAAGGAGAGCCGAGGAGGACAGCGGGAGUGAGAGCAGGCGUAGGCGCGAGGAGAGGCGCGAGGAGAGGCGCGAGGAGAGGGCAGCGGCAUCUGCUUCAUCACCAACUACAUUGCAUCCCGAGUCUACUCGAGCUUUAGAGAGGAGACGCCGAAGGAGCGAAGAAGCAGCUCGCAGAAGUCAGGAUGACUCGCGAAGGAGGAACGACGACGCAAAUCGAACUGCUGUGAGGCAAAUUGAGCACCAGUCGUCCCUGCGCUCCUUGAUAAGCUCCUCGGAUGUGGAUUCGCGCGAGAUGGAGGGAGAGAUCCUACGCCAGAUUCGCGAAGAAGGCUUGUUAGACGGCAUUGAUCUCGAGAACAUCGAUGUCAACCAGGAAGACCAGAUCAGUGAGCGAAUUGCGGAAGCAUUUAGACGACGCCAGAGAGAAAGGGCUGAACAAGUCGUUGCCUCAGAGCCAAGAAAUAGAAGCCCGAGCGAUCGCAAUGAACAUCGAUCAGCUACAUCGAGCAGGACUCGCCAGAGCACAACUACAGCACCUCCUAUGGCGACAGCGCGACGACUUCCACACUCUAGAUCACUGAGUGCUGCUAGCCAAGCUGAUGAGGCUACGAGAGCAAGUCCCCGUACUAGUGCAACUCGCCUCGAACCACAAUCAAGUGAUGAAGGACGGAGACGACGGCGGACGGCUAGUGGGGGAAAUAGGAGCACAAGAAGUGCCACAUCACCCGCUCCAUCAUCAUCCCCAGUAAGACGACCUGCAGCUCGAUCUGCCACCGAUCUUACAGAGCGGUCUACUUCAUCACACAUUACACGUCCUCUCAUGUCCGUCGACACAAGAAGCACAACUGAGCCGGUGCCAACAUCGUCGACAGUUGCUGACGUUGUUGAGCUUGCGGCAGGUCGACGGCGACCACCGACUCUCUCUCCGAGAAGCCAGGUUGCAGGGGAAGCUGAAACCGCUGCGUCGCCAGUUGAGCUUCUACCAUCUCACGCGCGCACAGCAUCGCAAACUUCAGCUUACCCCCCACCACCCGUACCUGUAGCAACCACCCAACAGGAUUCACAGCCUGGCCUUAUCCCAGCCGCGACACUCUCCCAUCAUUGCACAGCCACCGAACGAGCCACCGCCCUCCAAGCCGUCAGCCGCCCCACGUCUUCCGAGUCAACAGCCUCCCAGCGCGUAUCCCUCCCCCGCUUCCCAGAGCCCUCAAUCCAAUGCAACCGCUGCCACAAAUCACACAUCGAAUACGAGCUCCAUUACUCCUGUCCAAUCUGCGCCAGAGGCGAGUGGAACCUGUGUCUUGGCUGUUACCGGUCCGGUCGCGGCUGCGAGCAGUGGUUCGGUUUCGGGUACGCCGCGUGGGCGAAAUGGGAGAAAGCCCGUACUGCCGGUCACAUCCCACCCAAUGCCGAGAAGCCGCAUAUGCUGUUCGCCGAGCGCUAUCUACCGCCGAGAAUCACGCCUGGUGGUGCAGAGGGCAGGAGGACGCUGACGACAGAGGACCCGGCGAGGAGGCUACAGAGCGGGGCGUUCUGUGCGAGUUGCCAGGAGUGGGCAAAUGAGUGUUAUUGGCGCUGCGACUCCUGUAAUGAGGGAGACUGGGGAUUUUGCAACAACUGUGUGAACCAGGGACGGUGCUGUACACACGCUCUGCUGCCACUUCUCUACAAGCCCGAUAAUCGCGAUGCGGAGCCGAUGAGCCCCAGCCAUGAUCACCAGACUCCAAGGACAGCGACGCUAUUGACAGGACCGGGUGUCGUGGAGCUGGGCAGCUUCAAGCCGCUAAGCUUCAGGGUCGAGUGCGAUGCGUGUCACUAUCCCAUCCAGCCUACUCAGACGCGCUUCCACUGCUUCCAGUGCACGUCAGCACUGCCGGGGCGCGAAGCCGGGGAUUAUGAUAUCUGCACGACGUGCUACCACUCUAUGGUGAACAAGAAGCGGACUAGCAACGAGAAUGGUCAUUUAGGCUGGCGACGCUGUCUCCAAGGCCACCGUAUGAUUAUUGUGGGAUUUGAAGAUGCGGGGGGGGGUCAGCGGCGCGUUGUCGUGCAGGACCGCGUCGGAGGAUGUGGGCUCUUUGAGGAGCCGGCAAAGACGCAGGGUGCUGCGGAUGCAGGGCUUCAACAGUGGAGCUGGGCGGGGGGCACGAGGGCGCGGCUUGUGACGAAUGAUGUUUCUUCUACGGCACCGACUGGUAACCCGGCAAUGACGACGGAGUUCCCUCCCGAUGGUGGGGUAGGUAUGCGGGCCGUGGCGCUGUGGAGCUGGUACCCGAAGGAGGGGGAGGGGGCGAAUGAGUUGCUGUUCCCGAGGGGGGCGGAGGUGCGGGAGGUUGUGGAUGUGAAUGGGGAUUGGUUCCACGGGUCGUUUAUGGGUGCGAAGGGCCUGUUUCCGGCGCCGUAUGUGAGGGUCUUGGACAGUGCUUCGUGAGAGGUGGGGUGGGUGGGAUAGGAUGGAUUGUAGUUACGAAGGUAUGUGUGACGAGCGACGUUUUAGCAUAGCUGAUUAUUU